AUGCACCUCCAAACCCUCCUCCUCUCCCUCACCCUAACCCUCACCAUCCAAACAACCGCAACACCAAUCCCAAUCUCCCUCUUCACCCGCGACACCGCCCUAACAGAAUCCCAGCUCAUCACUAUCGCCCCCUCAUCCAAGUCCUGCGCAAACGCCCCAGCAGAAGGCGAAUGCGCCACAGCAAAACAAGCCGCCAAGUUCACCUCCCAAUCUUUCGACACGUACAAAGUCACCUCGAAAGCAGAACAAGCAGCCAUAGUCAGCUUGAUGGCUUUUGAAACCGAAGAUUUCAAAUAUAACAAGAAUCAUUUCCCCGGCGUUGCUGGGCAGGGUACACGCAACAUGCAAUCCCCAGCCUUUAACAAAAAAUACGCCUCGUCCCUACCUGAACUGAAAGACAAACUUCCCAGCGUCAGCAACAGCCCGGAAGAGCUACUAGAUCUCCUGCGCAGCGAUAGUGCUACGGACUUUGGUUCUGGUGCUUGGUUCUUGACUACGCAGUGCUCGAAGGAUGUGCGGACUGCGCUUGCUGAUGGGUCUGAGACCGGGUGGCAGCGUUUCAUCUCGGAUUGUGUUGGGACUUCUGUUACUGAGGAGAGGAGGGAGUAUUGGGAGAGGGCUGUUGAAGCGAUUGGUGUUUAG